AUGGUUAGCAAACCCAUUUUUCUAUUGGACUGGCAACCGUUUUCAGUUUCAGGGCUCUGCUCCCUGACUUUGGCUGUGGAUCGCAAUGGUUCCGAAGGUGAUGACCAGCAAUGUCCAGUGGAGUUGACUCCAUUGUUGGAAUCUAGGCUAUCUCCACCUUUAGAGAAAUACCAGACGUAUCUUGUGCUGCUGAUCGGAUUUUGUGGUUUCGCUCUCUUGCUUUCCGUAUUUCACAAUACCCUGAGGAAGCGUGUAUUUGGAGACAAGAACAGUCUGGACACUACCUUUGACGCAGGUGGACGAGUGACCCUGAGUAUGACCGCUGUUACCGUGGCAACACAACUCCUUUGGCCAGCAGAUCUCACUUACGGUGCAACCAUCGCCAUCCGGGUUAUUCAUGCCCGUUUUGGAGAGAACGUACACCGUCUAUACUUGAUAUUUUCUCUGCUAACAAACAUGGUUGUCUCUGCUGGCAUGUUGUUGUCUGGUCGGGCAAUAAUACAAGCAGUCACGGCGGAUGCAUCCGAUGAGAUGGUAGCGAUUGUGCUCCCCAUACUCUUCGGCUCCUACACCUUUCUUGGUGGUCUUGGUUUUGUGAGUCUUGUUAUGUGUUGGGAGGUUUUGGGAGAAGCAGGGGGCUUUCUGAUACUUGCUAUGGGUGCCAUGGCGCUCAUGUCCACUGGGUCAGGGGAGGUCAUAGGAAUAUCUUCAAUUCUCAUGUAUGACAUCUACCAGAAAUACAUCAGGCCCUUCAGGAAAGGAUGCACGACAGAAUACUGUGUUUUAUGUGGACGCCUAAGAUGGCAUUACAGUUGUGAAGAAUCUGAGGAUAGUAAGUCUAACGACGACAUGAAUGUGUGUACUUGUGUACCUGUGUAUAACUGUGUGGCGUGUCGUGUGGAUUGCGCAGCAGUGACCACGUCGUACGGGAAGCGAUAUCAAUGUCAGACACACGGUAAAUACCGCUGCUAUCAGGACCAGCUGAUCCGUGGCAAAAACUGGAGCAUCCUCGGCGUGACACUGUUUAUGGUACCCUUUGCGAUGGUUUUGUUCAACAUUGGAAUAGACCUGACCUGGAUUAUAACAGCUGGUGUGGCUUUUACUGUUGGCUUCUCUCCCGGUGUCUAUCUCUCAGUAAGUUGGGUGAAAACAACCGGAAGUGGCAUUGUGGCUGGAGGCUUGUCUGGACUACUGGCCGCCGUGGCAGUAUCCUUAGGACUAGCUUCUACCUACGACGGCGGACUAUCCAACUUUUUUAAGAACACAGUUGAAAUCUACCCAUCAGUUGGUAGCUGUACAGUCGGUUUUGGAGUCAGUUUAAUUGUAUGUGUGCUUGUUUCGCUGUGUACCCACAAAAUCGAGUCCGAGGCGGACGUCAAUGCUGAGUGGAGGAAAACAACAAACAUUGGAAAUCCACUACGACCUUGGGAACUGGCUUUCGUGGAGGAAUUCCCUCAAGUCCUCGAUGGCUUUCUACCGACGCAUGAAGACUUGACGAGAACAUUCAAAGCGGCUACAAGACUGUCACUGGCAGGCGCUGGUAUCGGCGGUGGUCUCAUGGUGGUUGUCUUGCCAGGGAUUCUCAUCGGUCUUGAAGUCCUCACCGAAUUUCAGUUCAGCACCUGGCUUUAUUUUGACCAUAUAUCUACACUUGUCGCAUCGGUCUUUGUAAUUUUCGCCCCUCCAAUAGAAGAAGCCCUGAAAAUUUGGAGGCAGUACAAACAAUGUCCAGAAAAAGUGCAGUUAAACAGAUGUGAGGUGUCGGACACUGAUGCAGAUCCCGAGGAAAACAUGGAUUCACUAUUGUGA